UCUCCAUAAACAGGAAGUGAACGCGUUCUGUAGUAGCUGUGCUGUGAUGCUGCCCCAGUUGACGUUUGAGUCACAAGGCAGCGAAGCUCGAUCAGAGUUCUGGACACAUGUACCUAGAAGGUGUUACUAUGUAGAGGAGGAAGGAUAAGGAUGCCACGAUGGAGAGAAUGAUUAGCUGUGUUGCCCUUACAAUGAGCUCAUCAGAUCCAGAGGAAAACAGGGGCCAGCAGUAGUAAAGAGUCCUGUUUUAUGUGCCCGUGUAGUCUUACGUGGACAUGGGAAUCAGGUCUUUUCUGUGUCCCGGUCCUAUUUGAGUGCUAUGAAUCCCAACACGUCCUCGGCUUGCUGUGAAGUCCAGUCUGUUGCCGAUGACCACGCGGAUGACUGGCUCUUCCUUUGCCCUGACCUGGCUGAACCUCUGAACUCAGAGUCAGAGUCCAGGGAGGACCAGGAAGCAGGGGAGCAAAGCAAACUAAAAUCCAAGUUGGUGUCGGCGUGGAACAGCAUCAAAUAUGGCUGGUCUUUGAAGAAGAAAGCUAAAUUCAAGAAAAGCUCUCCGGUGAAUCUUCUUGGAAAGUCCUACAACAUCAAGAAUGAAGAAGACCGAGAGAGUUUCCGUCGCUGUUUUGUGUCUCUGCUGUGGCUGACCUACAGACGGGGCUUCCCUCAGCUGCCCGGCUCGUCUCUGACCACCGACAGUGGAUGGGGUUGCGUCCUACGGACGGGGCAGAUGCUGCUGGCGCGAGGCCUGAUCCUACACCUGAUGCCACCAGGUUGGACCUGGUCUGCUCAGUACAGCCUAGUCAAAGAUGACCUAGACCUGCUUCAGUCUGCGGACAACACAGAGCCGGGCUGGGCUGUAGACGGAAAACAAAGGGGUCGAAAACUGAGCCUGGGAUCCCUCUUGGACAGGCCCAUGGAGGCGACGCACAGAAGGGUGGUGUCCUGGUUUUUAGACCACCCCAGCACCCCGUUUGGGAUACACCGACUGGUGGAGUUGGGUAAAAGCUCGGGGAAGAAGGCCGGAGACUGGUACGGUCCGUCCAUCGUGUCGCACAUCCUCCGGAAAGCUGUGGCGGCUUCGGUGGACCUUCCCAAUCUAGUUGUGUAUGUGGCACAAGACUGCACCAUCUACCUGCAGGACGUGAGGAGGUUGUGUGAACGACCUCACCCUCACUUCUGGAAGUCCGUCAUCAUCCUGGUUCCUGUGCGACUUGGAGGACAAGACCUCAAUCCAUCCUACAUCACCUACGUCAAAAAGCUGCUGAGGUUGGAGUGCUGUAUUGGAAUCAUUGGUGGCAAACCAAAGCACUCGUUGUUCUUUGUUGGCUUCCAGGAUGACCAUCUGCUGUACUUAGAUCCUCACUACUGUCAACCCACAGUGAACAUAAAAAAGGAGAACUUUCCUUUAGAGUCGUUUCACUGUAAACAUCCCAGGAAGAUGUCUUUCUCUCGCAUGGACCCCAGCUGCACCAUAGGGUUCUACGCAAAAGGGCAAAAAGAGUUUGAAUCGUUCUGUGCAGCUGUUAAUAAGGCGGUCGCCACAUCUUCAGAGACAUACCCCAUGUUCAUAUUUGCAGAGGGUAAAAGUCGGGAGGUGGAGGAGGGCAUCAGCGAGAGCACUAACUGCAUCACCUACAUACAGAGAGAGAACGAGCUGAAAAGUGAUGACACCAACAGCAUGGACGAAUUUGUUCUGCUGUGAACAGACAAACAGGAUCAGAUCGGCAUCGUUUCCGUGACAACUGCUGAUCAUCAGAGCAAACCCAUUUGCAUCUAAACGCUCCAUGCUACAAAGAGGUCCUGUUAAAUAAACUAGAUGGGUUUCAGAUUCAUUUUGCUGUAAUUUUAUAUCUUUGUUGCACCUAUUUGUAAACAUAUUUAUUGCAUCAGCCAGAAAACAGUCUCAUUAAAUCGGCUCAAACCGAAAACAUUCAGAACUAAAGGUUCUGACUCUGGUCCGUUCAGAGAAAAUGAUUGAUUGUGUCAUUUUAAGAUGGGCUGUAAUAUCUGUUUUCAUGUCACGUGUCAGGAUGGGCUGCAGUUUAAACCAACUGUAAAAAAGGAUUCCUGCAUUCUGAUGAGGGAAUCUGUUGAAGUUAAAUCAAAUGUAAGGUAAUAAACAUAUUCUUUAAAUAAAAACUACACCUGGUAGAAAUAUUUGUA